GCUUCGAGCUGAAGUUUCACUGCAAAAAAAAUCAACCAAUCAAAGCGCUGCGGAGUUUCAGCGCGCGAGCAAGCGAACCGGAAACUAAAGCACAGAAAUCACAAACACUGAUUUUUUCUUGUUUAUUUAUUUAUUUAUUGUUGUUGUUAUUAUUGUUAUUAUUUACCGGCGCAGCAUGAAGUUCGCGGAGCACCUUUCAGCUCACAUCACCCCGGAAUGGCGGAAGCAGUACAUCCAGUACGAGGCCUUCAAAGAGAUGCUGUAUGCAGCUCAGGAUCAGGCUCCAUCUAUAGAAGUGACGGAUGAGGACACAGUUAAGCGGUACUACGCUAAAUUUGAGGAGAAGUUCUUUCAGACAUGCGAGAAGGAGCUGUCCAAGAUCAACACCUUCUACUCAGAGAAGUUAGCAGAAGCUCAACGGCGUUUCUCCACACUGCAGAACGAGCUGCAGUCGUCUGUGGAUGCUCAGCGAGAGAGCAUCAUGGGAAAGAGCAGGAAGACGGGUCUGGCACUGAGCAACGAGGAGAGGAACAAACACCGCAACAUCAAAGACCUGAAACUGGCCUUCAGCGAGUUCUACCUCAGCCUCAUCCUCCUUCAGAACUACCAGAACCUCAACUUUACUGGGUUCCGUAAGAUCCUGAAGAAACACGAUAAGAUCCUGGAGACGCAGCGCGGAGCCGACUGGCGCGUCUCACACGUGGAGGUCGCACCUUUCUAUACGUGCAAAAAGAUUACACAGCUCAUCACUGAGACCGAGACCCUGGUGACCACAGAGCUGGAGGGCGGAGACCGACAGAAAGCCAUGAAGAGACUAAGAGUCCCACCACUGGGGGCAGCACAGCCCGCUCCUGCGUGGACGACAUUCAGGGUCGGACUGUACUGCGGAAUCUUCAUCGUCCUCACCGUCACCUUCAUCCUCAGCGGUGCGUUUUAUUUCCGUGACAAGAACGUGUGGCCGAUGGUGCGGAUGUACCGCGGAGGCUUCCUGCUCAUCCAAUUCCUCUUCCUGUUGGGCAUCAACACAUACGGCUGGAGACAGGCUGGAGUCAAUCACGUGCUCAUAUUCGAACUGAACCCACGCAACAACUUGUCUCACCAACACCUGUUCGAGAUCGCAGGCUUUCUGGGCGUGUUAUGGUGUGUGAGUAUCUUGUUGUGUCUCUACGCUGACUCCACCGGACUGCCGAUGCAGGCGAGUCCUCUCAUCCUGUAUGGCCUCAUGUUCCUUUUCCUCAUCAACCCGCUGAAAACAGGGUACUACAAAUCCCGCUUCUGGCUUCUCAAACUGCUGUUCCGCGUGUUCACGGCUCCGUUCCACCGCGUGGAGUUCGCCGAUUUCUGGUUGGCUGAUCAGUUGAACUCUCUGGUGAUCGUGCUGAUGGAUCUGGAGUAUCUGGUGUGUUUCUACAGUGUGGAGCUGCAGUGGGGAGACGUGGAUGGCCUGCUGCCGGAAUAUUCAGAUGACAAGAAAUGCAACAAUUACUCGUAUGGACUGCGUGCCAUUAUCCAGUGUCUGCCCGCCUGGUUCCGAUUCGUCCAGUGUCUCCGCCGUUACCGUGACACCAAACGGGCGUUUCCUCAUCUGGUGAAUGCUGGGAAAUAUUCCACCACCUUCUUCGUGGUGGCGUUCUCGGCUCUGUACAGCACACACAAAGACCAGAGCGAUACCGAUGCCGAGGCGUUCCUCUACCUGCUCAUCAUCUUCUCCACCAUCAGCUCCCUCUACACACUGAUCUGGGAUCUGAAGAUGGACUGGGGUCUGUUUGACCGCAACGCCGGGGAGCACACCUUCCUCCGGGAGGAGAUUGUCUAUCCACAGAAGGCAUAUUAUUACUGCGCCAUCGUGGAGGACGUGAUCCUGCGUUUCUCCUGGACUCUUCAGAUCGCUCUGACCAACAUCACACAUGUCUCCUCCGCUGAUGUCGUGGCCACCGCUCUCGCCCCGCUGGAGGUGUUCAGGCGUUUCGUGUGGAACUUCUUCCGUCUGGAGAACGAGCACCUGAAUAACUGUGGUGAGUUCCGGGCAGUGAGGGACAUCUCUGUGGCUCCUCUGAACGCCGACGAUCAGACGCUGCUAGAGCAGAUGAUGGACCUCGAGGAUGGAGUCAAACACCGGCAGGGCAAGAAACCCUGGAGGCGGAGCUACAGCCUCACACUGCGCCGCCCGCUGCUGUACCCCCAGUCCAAAAAGGACACCAAGGUGCUGAUUGAGGACACGGAUGACGAAGCCUUCAGCUGAACAACACGAAGAUGUUGAACACACACACACACA